AUGCCUGUACGAGUACCGCAUCGUUCGUCCGGAAAGAAGAGUGUCCAGCUAGACUCUCUUGAUUUGGACGACGGAUCACGGACAUUGGAAAGGUCAUGUGAGGGGUUCCGUUUCAGGCCCUCGCCUAUCUUCGUGUUGCUCUCCUCCCUCGACGAGAUCGCUAACAUCCGCGUCUCGCCUCGCUCUCGUCCGAUUUCCUUAUCAUGGAACACCUGGGUCUCAACAUCCCUCUUAAUCAGUUUUGAUGUACUCGCCCGCUCUGGAGUGGUCGAGUGGUUAGCGGGCAAGGACACCUUCUCGUACACGGCGAACAACCGAUCUCUGCAUCAGUAUAUGCACGCGUUCGGAUUACUCCUUGAUUCUUGA